CAGCGGGGCUUUUUCCUGGCGCACCCGCCCAGAAGAGCCCGCGGCUGCCGAGGCGCGGAGACGGGCCGCCGCCAUGGGGAAGCGGCAGCACCAGAAGGACAAGAUGUACAUCACGUGCGCGGAGUACACGCAGUUCUACGGCGGCAAAAGAGCAGACCUUCCACGAACUAAUUUUAGACGUUUAUCAUUUGAUCACUGCAGCUUGUCUCUGCAGCCGUUUGAAUAUCCAGUUUGCACACCAGAUGGGACAGUCUUUGACAUACUGAGCAUUGUUCCUUGGAUAAAGAAAUAUGGAACCAAUCCAAUCACAGGAGAAAAACUAGAUGCCAAAUCACUUAUAAAGCUGAAUUUUGCUAGAAACAGUGAAGGUAAAUACCACUGUCCGGUGCUGUUUACUGUAUUCACCAACAACUCGCAUAUUGUGGCCAUCAAGACAACUGGAAAUGUGUUUGCCUAUGAGGCAGUGGAGCAGCUGAACAUAAAGCCAAAGAGUUACAAGGAUCUUUUGACAGAUGAACCUUUCACUCGUCAAGACAUUGUGACACUGCAGGAUCCAACAAAUCUGGAUAAGUUCAAUGUCUCAAACUUCUUUCAUGUUAAGAACAACAUAAAAGUAAUUGAUCCAGAUGAAGAAAAAGCAAAAUUGGAUCCAUCUUACUAUUUGAAAAAUACAAAUACAGAGACCCGAGAGACUCUAUUGGAGCUUUAUAAGGAAUUCAAAGGCGAUGAUAUUCUAGCAGCUACAAUGAAAGCUCCUGAAAAGAAGAAAGUGGAUAAACUGAAUGCAGCUCACUAUUCCACUGGAGCAGUAAGCGCUUCCUUCACCUCUACUGCAAUGGUGCCUGAAACCACCCACGAAGCAGCUGCUAUCGAAGAAGAUGUUGUGAGAUACAAAUAUGUGAAGAAGAAGGGCUAUGUGCGACUUCACACUAAUAAAGGAGACCUAAACUUGGAGCUGCAUUGUGAUAUGACACCUCGAACAUGUGAAAACUUUAUCAAAUUGUGCAAAAAGAACUAUUAUGAUGGAACAAUAUUUCACAGAUCAAUUCGUAAUUUUGUGAUCCAGGGAGGUGAUCCGACUGGAACAGGAACAGGAGGAGAAUCUUAUUGGGGAAAACCUUUCAAAGAUGAAUUUAAGCCUAAUUUGUCCCACACGGGACGUGGGGUUCUCAGUAUGGCCAACUCGGGACCCAACACAAACAAAUCACAGUUCUUCAUCACAUUCCGCUCUUGUGCAUACCUGGACAAGAAGCAUACAGUUUUUGGAAGGGUGGUUGGUGGCUUUGAGACUCUGACUGCUAUGGAGAAUGUGGAAAGUGACCCAAAAACAGACCGACCCAAGGAGGAAAUACGAAUUCAGACAACAACUGUUUUUGUUGAUCCAUAUGAAGAGGCGGAUGCCCUGGUUGCUGCGGAAAGAGAGAAGGUCCAGCAAGAAGAAGAAGAAUCCAAAACAAAAGCUGAGGUGGUCCCACCAAAGAAAGAGGUCCAGACUCCUAAAACUUAUCGGCAGGGGAUUGGAAAAUACAUUAACAUGGCUGCAGCGAAGCGCAGUGUGGAAGAUGACGGGCCCUCAACCAGCACAGCUGCGAAGAAAGAGAAAAAGACUUCCGGCUUCGGUGACUUCAGCUCCUGGUAGCAGCACGGGGAGCCUAGCAGUGGUGCAGCACAGCAAAAACAGAAAAGAUGACCUCCCAUGUGUCCCUGAAGAGCCCAAAAGACAGUCAGUCCUGGGGAGGGAAGGCACCCACCUGCCCUUCAGACAAGGAAGAAGACUGUUGCUUGUUAGGGCUGGUUAAUGUGGCUUUGUUUUCUUGAGAGCUGUGCUGCCCCACUGCAUCUUCCUGGAAGGCCUGUUUGUUGUUCUGCUAAGUGGGGAGCAGGCAGCCCCACUCCACUGGGGAUUAGCUGGAGACUUUCUCUGCUUGGCUGGCAGCAGACCAGGGAGAGCCCAUCCUUGCAGGACGCUACUCCAGGAACAGCUAUGUUGGUGAAAGAGCUCCUUGUGCAGGUAAUCGUUUCCAUAUGAGCCAGGACUGCCAAAUGAAGUCAUGAAUGAAUGUGCUGGGGAAGCGCCUGUGCUGCUGUAGCGCUUUGCAGAGCGGAGGAGGGGCCUCCAGGCUGUCCUACCCUGCCCUUCAGUUGCCUUUUGCUUAUUCUCAACAAGGAGCAACUCUGUCCCUUGCUCUUUGUGGGCUAGCCUCCAGGCUGGGCUGGCUGCUGUCAGUCCCCGUAGGGCCUCACUCACUCCAGGAUCAGCGCUCUCUCUACCCAUUUCACUCUGACAGCCUCAGAAACAGCAAAGUUGGACAGGGAGUCGGGGAUAGCUGCACUUCUUGUUCCUCCUAGCACUGGCCUUACUUGAUAGGGGCAGACCUGCCCUCGGAUCCCAGACACCACAGCCUGAGGCAACAGAGCAGGAGUAGAAAUAACUUCUUUUCUUUUGGUUGGUUUUUUUGGGGGUUUUUUUGUUGUUUUUUUUUUAACCAUCCCUUAAGCCUGCUCCUUGCAGGGGAACACACACCAUCAUCUGCCCCAACAUCAGUCCUCCCAUCCUUAGGGAAAAACAUAUAAUAUAGCUGACAGGCAUCACUGAUAUUUCUGUUAUGUAGCCAUAAAUUAUAAGGACGCGUAAUAAAGGCCUAAGGGGAUGAAGAUAUAUUGGCCUGUGAGGUUUUAAUCCAAAACCAUAUCUGUGUUACCAUCACGUACACGUAGCAGGCUAGAUCCUUCUUUUCAGUUCAUCUUAGGUGUUCGGAGGACAGAAAUACCCUCCCUACCUCUCUGUGGCUGAGGAGAUAGUUUUGUGAUCAGCUUUGCAACAAUACAUUUAUAUCGGUGGGUUCCUGUUUUAAGAAAAGACUCCAUUUGUAUGAAAUUGAUAUAAAAACUUUUGGUAAAAUGCUUUACAUUAAAUGCUUUUAUUUUCUUUUGAGUGCUUUCCUUUGACUGUUCAGCUGUCAUUUCCAAGAU